AUGCCCACGGAAGAUGUCAGCGACUUGAGAGAUGUCGUCGAUGCCAUCAAUAAACUAUGCGAGACGAUGAAGACGUCGUACGACGAUAAUGAAUAUGAAGACUGUUCUGAAUUAGAACAUGUGCUAGUUGAUCCAACUGAAGUGGUGGUCACUAAAGUGGAAACGUUCGUGGCGGAGACGUGGUGUGAUCCUUCCGUUGAAGAACCCGUGGUUUCUGAUUCUGAACCUAUCACAGUGGAACUGGCGCAGUGCGAGCCGGUCAGUGAAAUGUACUACACAGCCUCGUCUGAAGUGUCGCUGCUUUCAGAUACAGAUUUUUUAGAUAGAGGCCAAAGCGAGGACUCUGAUAAGGACAGAGAUGAUAGAAACAGCGUGAUGGCCGGCCACGUGGCUGCCAUGAGGGAGCGUUUCGAGAGUAUGACCCGAACGAACACCCCGUGUCCUGAUUUAAUACGCUCCUUAUCGCCCUCCUUCGAAGUAAUUAGAAACAUUUCGACUUCUCCCGACAUUUUCGACAAAUCU